CCAGCAUCCACCCGCUCUCUAAUGCCGAUUAGUAGUCCAUUGUUGCAACAAUCGACUUUGGUGCGCAGAUGCCUCUUCGUGUUUCUGCUCGCGGACGCCCGUGCUGUCGUCGCGCAGUUCAGAUAUACACCUUCGUGUAUAUUUGGUAACAAUCGGAUACGGGAUGGCGUCACAGCGAACGCUGACUGCCAACCAGGUGAGCUAGGGAAACCCGAAAAGCUAAACGGAAUCACGGCAUGGCUUUGAGUCGUUGCCUUUGAGUCGUUGCAGAUGUCCCGCCACCUGGUCUCCCACCGUAUGCAACUUGCGUUCCGGACCCACUUCUCUUCUUCAACAGUGACAAAGGCGAACAGAUGGCCUUCGGAGUGUGUAUUAAUGGUGAGCUCUCCGGUGACUCAUGCUCUUGAGCUGUCUCUUGAAAGUCCGUGUCUUGAAGAGAAAUUCGCCCAGGAAUGGUUUAAAAUUCAGCAGGAACUGGCCCUCAAUCCGUCCCUCGGCCGCGGGGGCACUCCCGUCACCCCUUCUGGGAAAGGGCAGAGCAUUCUCUGUGGAGCUGUGGACGAAAACGGCGGUACAUCUGCGCUUUCACUGUGCCCGGCUGACAAGCCUAUAUGCGCACGCUCUGGCGACCGACGCUUUUGCUACUGCAUAGAAAACCAACCAGCUCUGUCCAGAGAAAUCGGUAUAUAAGUACGCCAAAUGUUGGACUUUGAAUGUGUGCGUCUCAUUGUUUUCAGAGAUGUUCGGUCCAUUGUUGCCUCCCAAGAGUGAGGACACUUCUAUUCUUAGGGAUUGGCCUGGAUUUGAAAAGCUAUGCUGGCCAGCUUCCUUUGACAAGUGCAUCAACACGGUCAAUCCGUUCGCGCCGAACCGCGACUGUUACGAUGUACUGGAUGCCGCGGAGAUCGCUGAGACGAGCGGCGUCGACCCUGCAUUUCUCGCCAUUGGCGACCACAACAACAACCCAAAGAACUUCUCACAGCUUGUACCUGGGACUUAUCUGGUGAAAGACGUCGCGUUGGAGGCCUGGGCGGAUUCCAUUGAAAACCUGGGCGACACCGACAGCUGUAUGCGCAUCCGGGGAAGGAUGGAGGGCUCUCAUGAGGACUUCUUUGUUGACCUCUCGUGCAACACCACUGAAGGUGUGUCUGCUAUCGUGUCAUUCGAUUGCCCUGAAGUGGGCCUCUGCUCAGUGCGUAAUGGCAAUGAAUUCUUACCGGCGCUCGCAAGGAAGACACGGAGAGAGAAUGGCUCGAGCCAUCACACUUUCGUUCAUCCAAUAUAUGCAUGUCCAUCAGCUUGUUAUUCAUGGUGUGCUGAAAGUGGUCAAUGCCAGCGAAGCCGAGUGCAUCGGCAUCGAGGCACAAAUCGAGCUGACAGGGUGAGUGAGAGACGUCUGAAGUCUAGAGGUGGUCGCAGUACUCAACGUAUGUCUUCUACUUGUGUCUCUCUUCCGUGUCAGAGCUGGGUUGGUUGACGAAGCGAAUUCUACUCGUGCCCGCUUCGCCAACUACACAGCAGAGCAGCGCCUUACUCUAGUUGCCGAAGGAGAAGAGACGGGAUUCAUCACCACAAGGGGCAUCGCUUUGAUAAGUCCAGGUUUCAACUUUCCGUUAGGACUGCUCACAUUUCCUACGACGGUGCCCCCCAGCUGCCCUUCCUUGCUCAACGAGCGGAUCUUCACAAUCACAUCAGGCGACGUGGGGACAGGCUCGGUGCUCGUGACCACUGCAUCCGGGUUUGGCUAUGACCCCAACGAUAUUGAAGUGUCACGAAUAAGCAGGCAGACAGAAAGUGCGCAUGACCCUAGUCUCCCUUUCCGCCUUUGGUCUCCGCAUGCAGAGGUUGUUUGAGGUCGAGGAAGGCUCUGGCCGGUUUGCCAAUGAUUUCAACAAAUGGUGUCGUGAGGCGCCUCCGAUGAAUCGCAGACCCCCACAUGAAUUGGCCGGCAUUAAGACGCCUUCGCCAUGGUUUCCACUGUUCAAGACAGGCCAAAGCCCUGCCUUCCCGCUCUUCAACGCCCGCACGGUGGCACGCUAUUCAGUGACCAGCGCAUUUCACCCCAACAAGAUUGCUGACGAGUUCGGCAUUAGUGUGCACAGUCGAAGGUCUUUUUGUGGAAUUCCUGGCUUGAGGCGAACGGCCCGUCCGUCUGUUCCGCUCUUAGUUCCGUCCAAAUCCUAUGUGUCGAAAACGUGACGGUCUUGCCGCUGACUUUCAAGUUGGAUAACUUGGAGACCGGCAGCUCUCUCGAUCUUAUCCUUAAGGCACAAUUGGGCGACUUGCUUGACCAAGAGGCAGGAGGUAGGAGAGAGAAAGCAGCCUUCUGAACCCUUCCAUUUGUGAUCGCAUGAUGUAUGUGUUCAUGGUCAGUGUAUGUUGAAUGCCGAGGCCUUGUACUGCAGACUCUUCCAGCUGGCUUCAGCGAGCCCUACCUGAUUCCUGGCGGCCUCAAGACUGGAUCGAUCGCUGCUGUUGGACUUGAUCCUGAGGUAGGGACGCUCGGUGACACCGUCUUCGUCGAUGUGCUGAUCAAUGAGACAGACGGGUCUACUACCUCACUGAGAGACGAGGGGGUCGUUGCUAAUCUCUCGCAGCACAACUGCUUUGGAGCAAAUCAGACUGGGCAGAGAGAAAUCAACGCGACGGUGUUGGUGUACGAGAGGCUAGAGGAGGGCAGCCGGAGCAGCGAGGAUGUCAUCUUUCACACGGAGUGCAAGAUUGGCUUUGAGUGCUUCGAAGCGUGUUCCGGGGCAAGGUUGCCGGUAUCCAGCCCAGCAGCAGUGCAGUCUGGGACUUAUGAGCUUCUCGAUGCACCAUUCCAAACCAUCAGAUCGUCAUAUGAGACGAUAUCCGGCUAUUCGGCGCCACCUCGUAACUCUUCUGGAUGUCUCUCUAUUUUCGAUUAUCAUGAAAGUGAGGGAUGCAGGGAAAAAGGCUAUAAUGAUUCCACCUGCACGGCUACCGUCAAUGAGAGGAUCUACAGCUGUCAGGGCGAAUGGGGCGGCGUGGAAGUGAAGAUUGAGUAUGAUCCAGCAGCACUAAAGGGCACUUUUACAAAUGCCUUGCGCGAGCCCUCAACCUUCGCGAAUGUCAUCCUUAAAGGAGCCGUCGAGCAAGUGGAACCUGUUGAAUGCGAAGGUACUUGUAUGACAGUGUGGAUAGUAGGAGCAGUUGUGUGGAUAGUAUUUUCUGUGACUUCUUGCGUACAGGCAGCGUUGUCUUCAUUGAAGGUAUGACAAGCGGCUGCAGGAGGAUGCUUUUGAUAAAUGUGUACUUCUCGAAUCAUUGCAGGAAGCCUCCUUGUCGGAGUUGGCUUUCAGGGUGACUUUCUAUCACUAUCAGAGGGCGGGCCGGCCUUUGGAGAUAAAAUCAACACGCAGCUUUUUGAUCUUCUCGCGGCAGAAGGUCUUCAGCUCAGCCUUCCUGAAGUGCUGCUUACUUCGAGUAUGACAUUGCUCAAGGCUGAGUAUACCCUGCUAAGUCUCGCUGAAGGUGAGGCGGCCACUGUCGAGACAUGCUUCAAUGCAGAGUCCCGAACAAGGGUCACAAGUAAGGAUCUCGUCCAUGGUCCCUUCUGGUCUACGCUCGGCUCUCGGUUUGAAGUCUUCCUUUCUAACAGCCACUACGACCAGGUACACAGAAGUCUGCAUGUUCGUCUGUAUUAUCUCGGAUCUGCCUGCACAGAAAUAUCGAUCACAUCCCUUUCGCGGUCCACUGUUGAACGACGAUGAGCUUGGACUCAGGUCCAACACACUUGGAAGCUUCUGUUCGUUUGUCUGUAUGCGUAUGUAUCGUUGGUAUGCGGCUACACUCAGGUCUGAGUCGCAGAUCAGUGUGAAUGUGUCCGCAGACAGCAGCGCCAUCUGGAAUGCGGCUGCACUCUUUGGACGUCUUGGCACCUUCUGUAAACGGCCUCAUCCCGCAUGCGGCUGUAACCGCACUUUCUGCGAUGGCUUUUUCUGCGAUGAGAUCGACGAAGGCAAGCAAGAGAAACAUCGUGUCUCUCUGUCACUCUUUCUGGCUGUGUGCAUGUGUGUUUUUUAAUGAUGAUUCAAUGUCAACAGUCUGAAGUGCUGCAGCUUACAGCAGACAUCGAUUCGAGGGCUGCCGAUGACGUAUUUGUUCAUUCCAUCGCAACUGUGGUCUCAUCUUCUGGCGCUGACUAUCUCAUCGGCGAUCUCACCGCCCCUUCCUCGUUCGCCUUAUCGUGCAGCCGCAUCGACGCACUCGAUAUUCUGAAGAUGAGGCGCGAUGGAGGAAUAUGUUCACUCCGUGACGACUUUGAAGCAGACGGGAUCCAGUAUUACGUGAUUCGCACUGUGCCAUUGAGCGUUGAAUUUAUCAGACCGGAUGAUGGAGGGAGAGGGAACGUGGAGGCCCUUUGUCCCGUGGCAAUCGACUGCGGUAAGGACACAGAACACCUCUGAAGAGAACGUGCUUGGUCUCUUACACAUACGUGAAUGUAUAUCAGUGCUACCAGAGACGGCGCCACGGCCGUCGCUUUCCGAGCCAGCUGACGGGACGAUCGGACGACGGGACGGCGUCAUCGACUCUU